GCUUCAGGCUGCUGUCUUUGGUUCUAGGAACAGAAAUGCCCCGGGCACAGGCGCCCAGAUACGCUCCAUAGAGUACAUAUGGUCCUGUAGAGGCCCAGUUCAAGAUACCUAGCGCUGAGAAAUUAUAGAGAUUCUAGAGGCCAUCAGAGGUUGAGUGGGGUCCUCUCUAGGUACUUAUGUCUUUCAGAGGAAUUUAACGAACUGUAUUGUGUUCUCAUAGAUGGCAGAAUGGUGAGCAAGCAUGAGACCAUGUCGCUGGGGACAUUAAACUUGGAGAAAAUGACAAUAGGAAUAAAGUUUUGAAGUGACCAAGGGGUUGUCACAUGGAAGGAUUAGACCUGGUUUUAUGGGUUCCUGGAGAAUACUAUCCAGACCAGUGAGUGGAGGUUACUGGGAAGCAGAUUUUAGUUUGGUAGAAGAAUAAAUUUAUGAAUUGCCAAUCUCUGUCUCUGGAAGGAGCAAGGCAGAGACAAGGAGUUUGAAAGCCACUUGGUGAAGUUCUCUUUGUUGUUUCGAAACUUGCCCAGCUCUGGGAUUCUGCGUGUUCAGGUUACUUUUGGGAUGUUAAGAAUCAAGGCACUGAUGUUUGAAUUGGAAGCUCCAAAACUUUUAAAAAGAACCCUCAGAAUGGCUUUGAACUGGACAAGCUAGAAAUUUCUUUAGAAUACUGCCUCCACGUUCAUCUUCCCCAUUGGGCCUUCCUGGAGAGGUCUUUCUGCCACGCUGACUCUCAUGGAUCCAGACUAGUAGAUUUGACCUUUCUGCUAGGAUUCUCCCACUUUAUUAUAUUCGCCCUCAGAGUUGUAAGAGAUGUAGAAAUAUUCACGAAACUGAAGAGACUACAAGGAAGGGAAGUGACACUUUCAUGCUAAAUGAAAAUAAAGCAAGUGGCAGUUGUGAUAACACAUGAACCUACCAUGUCUGGAGUCACUGGAUUGUGAAGAAAGAGUAACAGCCACAGCUGGGGACAAAGAAGUGAUACUGAAAAAGUAAAACCAGAAGAAGAGAAUGAGGAUGGUUGCUAAGUAAAUGGCCACCUCCACCUCUGUAGAGACCAAGUUAGCCUCUUGGUGGAAUUAUUUUUUUCUUUAUGAUGGUUCCAAGGUAAAGGAAGAAGGAGAUCCAACAAGAGCUGGCAUUUGUUAUUUUUAUCCUUCCCAGACCCUGCUUGAUCAACAGGAGUUGCUUUGUGGACAGAUUGCUGGAGUUGUCCACUGUAUUUCUGACAUUUCUGGCUCUCCUCCCACUCUUAUUCGUCUACGGAAACUUAAGUUUGCCGUAAAAGUCGACGGAUAUUACCUUUGGGUGCUGGGCUGUGCUGUAGAGCUCCCUGAUAUCAGCUGCAAGCAGUUUCUGGAUCAGCUAAUUGGAUUCUUUAAUUUUUACAAUGGACCUGUUUCUCUGGCUUACAAGAACUAUUCUCGGGAAGAACUGAGCACGGAGUGGGAUACCUUCAUUGAACAAAUUCUGAAAAACACCAGUGAUCUGCAUAAGAUAUUCAAUUCCCUUUGGAACUUGGACCAAACUAAAGUGGAGCCCCUGUUGUUGCUGAAGGCAGCCCUCAUUCUACAGACCUGCCAGCGCUCACCUCACGUUCUCGCUGGCUGCAUCCUCUACAAAGGACUGAUUGUCAGCACCCAGCUGCCGCCCUCCCUCACUGCCAAGGUCCUGCUUCAUCGAACUGCACCUCAGGUCCAGAGACUGCCUACAGGAGGGGAUGCCCCGCAGGAGCGUGGAGCAGCAUUGCCCCCGAAUGUCCAUAUUAUCCCUGUUUUUGUGACAAAAGAGGAAUCCAUCAGUCUCCGUGAGUUUCCAGUGGAACAGAGGACUAGCGCUACUGCAUCUCCAGCCAGAGUCCAGGACAGCUUAGCCCAGCACCCUCCAAAGGCUGGAAGCACGUUUGCCCUGGAAGAAAAUGCUACUGGGCAUGUGGAAUCUGUAGCCUGGAUGUUGGCCACCACUCCACAGCCCAUGUCCCCUAAUGAAGCUUGGCCAAGUGGCAAGAGGGAGAAUGGACACUUGUUUGUACAUGAUCUGGAGAGCAUUGGGCCCAAUGGAUUGCACAGCUCUGCCAGGGGCCAGGGGCCUGGCCCUAGCUGCUCCCCGGUGAAGGAACUGGGCUUUCCUCAUCAGGAGCUGGACCUGUCUGAAAUCCACAUUCCAGAAGCUCAGGAAGUGGGCCCAUCCUCAGAUGGUUUUGCUUUCCCAGUUGUGUGUGUCCCAGAAGGCAGCUGUUCUUGCCACGAAGAAUCCAUCAGUGGCUCAAACAGCUCAGAACCUGUGCCGCCUGAGGAUACAGCAGCAAGCACCCUGCUUUCUCCCUCUGUUCCUGAGAUGCUAACCCAGAAUGGAACCCCAGAACUGUGCAAAGAUCUUCCUGAAAACAGCAGCCAAGGCCCUGGUCCCCGAGAAGACCUUUUCUGCAGAAGGACCAGCAGAUCUUUAUCACUGCCUCACUUAGAUCCAGGGCAGAGAGGAAGUAAGGUUCCUGCAGGGGAACAAAGCAUAGAUCAGUGUGUGGAUGGGGCUUGUGGGGGCCAUGCAGCCCCUGGUCUGGAGUGCAGUGCAGGCUUGGCAAGUUGUCGGGGUACUGGCCCCUCCGCAGAAAGAUUGGACUCCAGGAGGACCUCAGCAGGAUCCCAUGUGGGACUCGUGCAGAUGAACCUCUACACUCACAGUGUUAAAGGGCUGGUGCUGUCCCUGCUGGCUGAGGAGCUGCUGCUGGGAGAUGGUGAAGCCAUAGAGGAGGUGUACCACAGCAGCCUGGCAUCCCUAAAUGGGCUGGAAGUCCACCUGAAAGAGACACUCCCCAGAGACGAGGCUGCUUCCACCAGCAGUGCCUACAACUUCAUGCACUACGACCGCAUCCAGAGCAUGCUGACGGGGAACCUGCCGAAGGUGGCUGCCCCGCAGGAUCGCCGCUUCCUCCAGGCUGUCAGCCUGAUGCAUUCAGAGUUUGCCCAGCUGCCCUCGCUGUACGAAAUGACCGUCAGGAACGCCUCCACUGCUGUGUACGCCUGUUGCAACCCCGCCCAGGAAACCUAUUUCCAGCAGCUGGUGCCUGUAGCACGGAGCUCCGGCUUCCCAAGUCCUCAGGAUAGCGCCUUCAGUCUCGCCAGCAAAGCCAAGCAGAAACUGCUGAAGCAUGGGGUGAACUUACUUUGAACUGCACCC